AUGAAAUGCAAAUGGCAGCUCAGAGGUCAAGGCGCAGCAAAUGUGGUAUUUGGCUACUGCGGGGAUGAUCCAAAGCUGAGGGGCUAUGUCCUGAGGGUACGGAAGCCUUCAGCACAUGUGGCAUCGGAUGUUGACCGAAUUCUCUGGGAUGGCAUCUUGCACAGUGCAAGUGACACGUACGAUAUCCAGUACGAACUGGAGUACGUUGCCAACAUAAUGGCGCCGUUGCUGGGCCACGAAUACGUGUUUCCCGGGGUACCUACCCCCUUGCCUCUGGAGCUCCGAGAGGUGCUGGGCUCUGGCGCCGGCAGUCACCUCCCCGCCCUCCUACUGCCGGACCACACGACUUUCCACUCAAAAGCGGCUCCCGGCUACACCGCUGUGGGUCCGGCUAUUUGCUUGGAGAUCAAGCCCAAGUGGGGCCUAGAUCCGCGACGACCACACAGCACACAAGCAACCGUGGUGGCAGCAGCAGCUGCAGUAGCAACAACAGUAGCAACAGAAGUACCAGCUGGCUGCUCAGGCCACCCUGCAGGAAUCCACGCUUCGGAUCUGCGGCGGCAAUAUCCCCGGUUUAUGCUGCACAUGCUGCACAAACAUGUCACGGCCGGAGUGCCGAUUAGCUCCUACAGCCCACUUGACUUGUUCUCCGGCGACUUAAGGCGCAUGGAGGCGGCCCUGAGGUGCCUAAUCAGGUCACCCAGUAACAAUUUGACUGUGUUCAGGGAUGGCGUCACAGUUUACGGUGCAAUGUGUAUGAAGGGCCAGGCCUCUGGAGACGGAGGCGUCGCCAGCCGACAGCCUCGUGACGGCACUCGACUCCACCACCAGCAGCGGCACCAGCAGGAGUGCCACCAGCAGCAACACAAGCAGCACCAGCAACAACACCACCACCAGCAGCAGGAGUGCCACCAGCAUGGCAGCCACCACAUGACCGCACUCGAGCAGCUUGUUGCUGACCUCCAGGGCUUUGCCGAUGGCGACGACCUAGGUCAUGAGGUCCUGGAGGUCCUGGUGCGGCUGACGGCACUUGCUCUGAAACAGGAGGGGUUGCUGGAUAGGCUUCUCGCAGUGCAGGCGCUGGACCGCAUUGGGCCCGAGGGGGCCCUCAGGCUGUACGACCAGCUUCUCCGGGAGCUGCAGGACUGCGGCAUUAUGGUGACGCUGCAAAGGGCUGUUCCAACGGCAGAAGCGCUGACACUAGAACCUGCCGCACUAGCACCAGCAUCAGCAUCAGCAGGGGUGGCAACACCAGUAGCUGGAGCAAACAUAGAAAAGGAAGAUGGGGGGGAUGGAACCUGUGAUUUGCAGCACAAUGGUAGCAUGCAGGAGCAGCAGCAGCAGCUGCUGGGACAGACGUUACCGGAGGAGCCGCUGGGAUCAGCCGUAACCAACGGCAGUGCAGCAUCAGUGGUGCAUAACACACCACGGUCUGAUACUACCGCAGCUCCAGCCGUUUCAGCAGCAGCAGCGUCGCCGGCAGCAGGAGGAGGAAGCAGCGCACAAGCAACGAGCGCCGCGAGCGCAGGGGCGGCAGGUAGUGAGAUGGUGCAGCAGCCCAGGGUUCGUGUGUUGGAGGACCCGCAGAGUGGCGCCACCUACCUGGUGAAAGUAGCGUUCGUGGAUUUAGACGUGAAGGCGGUGGCCAAGAUUCCCCGGCACGUGGACCUGGAGAGGGCGCUGGUGACGUGCGCUGUGGAGAACCGGAGCCUGCUUCUGACGAUGGCUCAGCAGGCGGGCUGGACAGUGUAAGUGCGCGAGUGGGUGAGUGAGGGAUGAUCCUAACUCGUCCAGGAGUGUGACCUGCCAUCCGCUUUCAUGCCACGGUAUAGUCCCCGUGGUCGUGGUGGAACUGGACCGAUAGUAUGUUAUAUUCGUGUGGUUGGGUCUAUCUGUCGGGGUCGGGGAGUGGAGAGAAGUGGUAGUGACAAGAGGGAGAGAUGUGGACGCUAUGAUGAUGGCGAAGACGGAGAGGAUGGCGAUGGGGAGCGGCUCUGGUGUUUCAUUUUUCGGCGUUUGGGUGUUUUGGUGUUCUUGCAUAAGAAGAAAGAUGGGAAGGAUUCGCGGGUCAAGACCCCGGAAAAGGCACACACGAGGGCAUGAGAGUACCAGGUCGACAGCACGUCAAAUGUGAAGUGACUUCUUUAUGGCGUGGAACGAACAAUUGAGCCAAUAAUGUCGCACGUGGCCCCAAAACAACACAACAUAAAAUGGUGAUGUUCAACUUGGGAAGUGACCGCGACUUUUGACCGUACUAGUCCGUGAUGUACAGAUAUAUGUAUGUACUGCUUCGUUUCCUGUCAGCAGCAACGGUAACUACGCCACGUGCUUGUGCCGGUGUGAGCUCAACACGGAGCUAUAUACCGGACGUGUUGACUGUUUGCCUGUAUAUAGAUCCUUAGUCUUUGCUGACCCGCUAUUAAUAUAUGGGCAUACCAUCUACAACACAC